AAGUCUUCAGUCGAGUUGAGUCAGUCCACGACGCGCAACGCGCUUUGCGCAACGCAAGCUCCGGAGCUUUUUGGAUACCGUUACGAAAAAUAUCGUGAAUAUUGUUUAUUUUCAUCAAGUUAAUCAUAAACCAUUGAAAAUACUUUAAAAAGGUUUAUUAUUAAAGUGCCAUGGAUUUAUUAACAAUAGUUGAUCAAAGUGAUUGUGAGCAAAUGGCUUAAGUCAUGGAUGCGCGCGUAUAUUAUCACAAAUGACAAAAAUUGAGUGAUAAGAUGAAUAACACUUUGUUAGACCGCUUAUCACCACGUCCUGCGUGUCCUUUGGUGCGUCUUGGUCGUACGACGCCAUUGUUGGAUAGUCAACAGCCAUCGAGUUCCGGUUCACAAAAUGACGACCCGGAUGAUUACUACAUGCAUAAUCUCGACAAACGUAACCUUGAAUUAUACACGAGGAAAAUCAAUGAUAGAUUCUAUGAUUAUAAAGAGACUUCGUUUCAAAGCACGACUACCACCACACAAUCACAGGGUGGUAAUCCUCGCAGUGGUGGUAAAAAUUAUUACAAUCGUCCCGAUGGUCCUUUGAAUUCGUUAUCGCUCAGCGCUGGUUUGGCUUACUGGGAGAGCUGCAAGAGCAUGCAAAGUUCCGACUCUAGUCAAGAAUGCUCUGAGUUCUUUGAUGCGCGCAUGCGUCAUACUGGUAGACCAAAGAAACGCGAGAAUUUCACCCCAAAUUCCAAAUCAAAAGGUGGUUUGACCUUGAGUAAUGGAAAUACAAAUUUGAAUGGGUCCCGUGUGAGUGGAAACAGUGACAGCGAUUAUCUGAUGGACAGUUUUCUGAAACUAGGAAAGAAUAGUCCUAGUUUAGACCAAGGAUACCAUACACUCGUUCCACCUAGUCCCGGUUGUUCCACUCCCAAUAUCUGGGACCGAUGCGAAACUCAGCUGUACAGAGGGAAGUCACGUUUUCAUGCAAGGAACAAUUCAUUUGAUAGAUUACAGGACGAAUUGGUCAUGAAAGUAUUCUCUAUGUUAAACAGUUACGAAUUAUCUAUCUGUGCUAGAGUAUGCAGGAGGUUUGAUAGACUUGUAUGGAAACCUGAAUUGUGGAGGACUAUAACUCUCGCAGGAGAGACCCUAAGUGGGGAUAGAGCUGUUCGAGCAGUGUUGAGACAACUCUGUGGGCAGGGAACAACAGGUGCCUGUACCCAGGUAGAAAGGGUGCAUAUCACGGAUGGUGCUAAGAUUACAGAUAAAGGAGUGACUCUACUUGCAAGGAGAUGUCCAGAGAUUACUCAUUUGCAAAUCACACAAACUGCUGGGGUUACUAAUGCUUCUCUCAAUGAGAUUGUCAAUAGAUGUGGUAAUUUGCAGCAUUUAGAUGUAACAGGAUGUGUGCAAGUUACUUGUCUGAUAAACAUGAUGGGACCUGAUCCUCCAAAACGUCUUCAACUGCAAUAUCUAGACCUUACCGACUGUGCUACUCUACAGGACAAUGGAUUACGGAUUAUUGUGAGGAACUGUCCUCUACUGGCGUAUCUAUAUUUGAGGAGAUGUACGGAUAUUACAGAUGCUGGUCUUAAAUUCGUCCCGUCAUUUUGUUCUGGUCUACGGGAGCUUUCCGUCAGCGACUGCACAAACAUCACAGAUUUCGGCCUCUAUGAGCUAGCCAAAUUAGGUGCUACCCUCCGAUACCUUAGUGUUGCAAAAUGCGACCAAGUAAGCGAUGCUGGUCUGAAAGUCGUCGCACGUCGGUGCUACAAACUGCGAUAUCUCAACGUGCGUGGCUGUGAAGCAGUUUCAGACGACGCCAUUACAGUCCUCGCAAGGUCCUGCACCCGCUUACGUGCACUAGACAUAGGUAAAUGCGAUGUGAGUGAUGCCGGACUACGAGCACUUGCUGAAAGCUGUCCAAAUCUAAAGAAACUAAGCCUUAGAAACUGUGAUCUCGUCACGGAUAGGGGCGUACAAGCAAUUGCGUAUUACUGUAGAGGUUUACAACAAUUAAACAUUCAGGACUGUCAAAUUUCAUUGGAUGGUUAUCGUGCCGUCAAGAAAUACUGCAAACGAUGCAUAAUUGAACAUACAAAUCCCGGAUUCUUUUAGCACAGCUUGCGAAAUUGUUCGUAUUGGUGGUUAUUAAGAUUUGCCAUGUUGUUUUCGUAUUUAUUCUGUAAAUAACUGUAUAUUAAUUAUUGUGCAUAUUAUUAAAUAGGAAUAAUGACAUAAAAGCAAUUAUAUAUUUUA